UAGUGCGCGGGGAGAGAGGAGAGAGCAUGGCAUGUGCGACGCAUAUGCCGGAUGAGGACGAGAGCGAGGGAGAGAGAGGCAGGGGCUUGCCGCGUCCAGGAGCGAGGACGCGAGACGGGAGACGGGGAGAGGAGGAGAUUUUGGGAUUCAUAGCAGCAGGGGUUUCUCCUUUCGGCCGAGGAGUGAGGCGGGCUGAAGCGCGAGAACGCUGGGAGGGAGAAGGUGCCGUCAAAGUGGGCGACAGGACGAGGCUGUUUCUGACUGGUGCUGUCUAAGGGUUUCGUUCUCGGAAGUCACGCACGCACUGCAGCAGCAACGUCGAGUCGAGCCUCCCGGCACGCGAGUUAUCCGCUUCUGGAUUCGGAUGCUCUGGUCCCCGUGAUAUCAGCUGCGUGAACAAGAACCGCUGUGACCGGCCAUGGAGCUUCUCAGCAGUGUCAGUGGGUUCCGGUCAUGACAUCUGCAUGGCGUGCAGGCAGUAAAUUAUCGUCUGCAUCAUCAUCAUCAUCAUCAUCACCAGCAUCAGCAUCAGCAUCAGCAGCAGCAUCUGCACUCGAAGUGGUGAAGCAGCCUUUUCAAGAGGUCCUGGAAGCUGUCCGUCGCCCUUGUGUCAAGGAUUCUACUUAUCAACCCUUUGAAGACUUAGCUUCAAGGGUUGGAAAUUAAGUUACCUCUAAUAUUACCAGCCUGUGGCUCUCAAAGGAUUCCACUGAUCAGCUCUACAGUUCUGCUUUGCUACCUCCAAGUGGUAAUCCUUUCGUCCUGCUUUCCAGCCUGAGGAUUCUUAGUGGAGCCUGAUUGUUCCCUGGCAGCGGAUUCAGCACACAGAUGGAGGAAGGCACGCCAACCAGCUCAGCAAAGGUAGAGGUGGAGCCAGGAAUUGAGGUCCAUGUGAAUGUUACUGGGACACGUCAUCCUCCUCCUCCUCCUGGUGACACCGGUGCUGACGUGGAGGCAGAGGACAUGGACCCGGAAUCGCCUUCCCUCAUGAGCUACAUGCCCUUGGAUCUGCUGGAAGACGACGGCCAGGAUGCUGCUGCUGACGCAUUGGAUGGCUCAGAUCAAGGCAGAUCCGGUGGGGAGGACGAUGGAGGUGGAGAGGAAGGGCUGGGGCUAGGGCCAGCCCCUGUGCUGGGAUUGGACCAUGGCGGGGAUGGUGCUGAUGGUGAUGUUGCUCGUGCUAUUGGUGGCCUUGGUGGGUUUGGUGCUCAUGGUACAAUUCUGGGUGCUGGGUAUGGCGAAGAUGGGUGCAAGCUCCAGAUUUCGCGUCGAGUGAAGGCUGGUGCUGAGGGCAUGGCGUCUCUCGCUCUUGGCUUGCCGGGAAUGGGUGGUCACAUGGGUGGAGUGAGUAGUGAUUUGCCCCAGCCCUUGGGUAGAGCCGUUGGUGGUGCUGCUGCUGGGAUUGGCCUGGGGAUGUCAGCAGAGGCAGAGAAGGGAGAAGGGUGGGGCCUCUUGGGUAAGAGGCACGCGGAUAUGAUUGCUGAUGCUGAUGUGGCGGCUGGCGGUGGCGGUGAGGGGGGUGGAUGGGGGGAUGCAGCUGCUGCGCUUGGCAUGCAAGAGAGGAUCUGGUGCUCGUUUGGCCUGCAGAGCUGCAGUAACCUGAGGAGGGGUAAAGUUGAAUCUGGAAUGCAGCAGCAGCAGCAGCAACAACAACAGCCUCAGCAGCAGCAGCAGCAGUUUGAGGCGCCAAUGGGGUGGGAAGUUCCAGUGGAAGAGGAGAGGUUCUGCAUCAGGUGCAAGGGAUCUGCGGAGAAGCUCAGGCACGAGAUCAAGGAUCUGAAGCUCACUCAGAGGGCGUUGGAAGCGGAGCUGGUGUGGGCCAUGGAGGGCAAGCUCAAGGCGGAGCAGGCAGUGGCAGAGCUGGGGCAGUCUAGGAAGGACUCGCCACUACAGCACAAGGUGCUAGAGAGCUUUGACUGGGCAGCGAGCAUGGAUGCAUCCGCGGACAGCAAGAGGGCGAAAUGGCAGGGGGAGGAGGCGAGGCAGCAUGGGCGGGUGCAGGGAGGUAAGGAGCAGCAGAGGGAGCAGCAGAGGGUGGUGGAGUUGGAGCGGUACGUUGAGCGCAUAACAGCUCAGUUCCAGGGGCUGCUGGGGAGCUACAAUUCCGUCGCCAGCCAGCUGCAGCAGGCGCAGGCUGAGACCUCUCGACUUCGUGCCGACGCCUUACAGCUGAGGGCUGCUAACAUGGACUUGCUGCACCGGGGGCAGAUGACAGCCACCUCGCCCGUCAUGGCACUGGUGCCGCCGCACACCCCGCUGGGUUUCACAGGAGAGAGCCCUGCACCGCCUGGUCUGGCGUUGCUGCGCACUUCAUCACCAUUGGCUAUAGGCGCCAGGCAGCAGCAGCAGCAGCCGCCACCGCAGGGCCUGGGCGUGCCUCUCUGGUCGCCACCACUGGGAAAACUACCACAACAGCAACAGGAAGGGCAACCGCAAGGGCAACAGCAAGGGCAACUGCAAGAGCAACGCUCCAGGAAGGAUGCAGGGCAAGUGAUGGAGUGUGGCGAUGGCCUGCCAGCAGCGGCCGCACUGCAAGCAGCACAGGCAAGCCCUGACCUUGGCGCGGCCAGGCGCAGAGAUGUGGUGUUUGCUGCUGGCGCUGUGGAGGAACUGGCAACCACAGAGGAGAGGAUCAAGUCAUUGCUGGCGGAGGUACAGAGGCCUGCUGCGGCUGUUGCUGCAGCCGUUGCUACGGCCGUCCCGCCUGUGGCAGAGUCCGGAAAGCCAGCUGGUUCUGGGGCGGAGAGGACAGAGCAGCAGCAGCUGCGGGGGGAGAAGCACGAGAAGUGGGUGAGAGGAGAGGAGGAGAUGCUGGAGGGAAAAGAGCCGUUUGACGUGGAAAUGCGAGAGGAGGAAAAUGCUGGCAGUGGAUCAGCGGCCUCUGCUGCUGCUGCUGCUGGCGGCACAGGAGCGCCCCCUGCGAAGCCCAUUGAAUCCAACAGCCUCUUGCAGUCCGGGCGUGCUGUUCUGCAAGCAUGCUCCGCUGCACCUGCUGCUGCUGCCGUCACUACAGCGGCAUCACCAGCAGCACCACUAGCAGCAGCAGCAGCAGUUGCCAGAGCAGUGAAGGAUUCAUUCUCUCUCUUCACUCCCAUGCCGGUGACUGGCCGAGCAGGGUAUGUGGAAACACCAGAGCUGCUCCACUCACGCCAUUUUGAAUUCACAGCCCCUGGAAAAGCGCCUACAGCAGGUGGAGAAGGAUUGGCGGUGGGGCGGGCAGCAGCAGGAUUUGCAGCAGAGCCGGAUGUAGCAGAAUCAGCAGGCUCAGGAGCGUCCGAGUCAGCAGAGAGACCUGCUGGGGUGUCCAAGAGCCCAGUUGCGCUCUCCCAGCCAGACGAGAAGAUGCAUGACGUGGAGCCACGUCAGCCUGCUGCCAAUGCACGUCAGCUUCACUCCCAGCUGGCUUCUGGAAGACCUGGCGAUGCGUCUUGGCCCUCCCUUGCUGCGCCCAGCUUCAGUGCUGCUGUCAUGUCAGGUGUGAGAGGAGGGCGGCAUACAGAUGCUGCUGCUGCUGCUGCUGCUGGUGGUGCUGAUGCUGCUGCUGCUGCUGCUGCUGUUGGAUCCCCACCUGCUGCAACUAAGUUACUUGCUGCUGCUGCCGGGGCUGCUGCUGGUGCUUGUGGUGCUGCAGGGUCAAGUGCUGCUACCCUUCCCAUGCCCUCACCAGUACUCACUCCGCUGUCAUCUCGCCUCAUGCCCUUCCACUCUCGCCUAGUCACCGCCAGCAUCCCAAUGACGCCUUCCCACACCUUCUCCUCGCCCCCCACACCCUUCUCUCUCUCCGCUCCCACCAUUGCUCCCGUUGGCUCGCCUCCUACCCCUCAACCUAGACCUGCAGCUGCUACAGUUAAAGCUACACCUACAGCUACAGCCCCUGCACUGGCUGUUACCCCAGGUGCUGCUUUAGCUUCUUCCGCUGGCGCUGCAACGGGUGGCGCUGCUGCACGUGUGAGGCCAUGGGGCAGCAGCAAUGGGGAUGGCAAUGGGGGCAAGAGCAGCAAGGGCAGCAGGAGCAGCACUGGAGGGAAGCCAGUCGACCCUGACACAACCAUGUCCGAGGCAAAGGAGGAGCGAGCGGCACAGGGGAGAAAACCUGCUCAAGUGAAAAUAUCUCCACCUGCGCAUGCUGACGUCAUGCCAGGUAUCACUCCCGGUGUUCUAGCCCCUGGUUCCGUGAACCGCCCAUCGUCUCAGCCGCUGAGACUUGCCCCGGGCUCCCACCCGGCUCGCUUCACCCCUGAACUGUCCCCCAAGUCCGUUACCGCCUCCACACGACCUCCUUCUUCCAAGUCCAUUGCAGACGCGCAAGCUUGGCUGAGAGCCAGCAAACCUGCCAGCCCUGCAGGAGCAUCAGCUAACGCCCCUGGCUCAACGCCUGCUGCCAUUCUCGCUCCCAUGGCUCCUGCUGUCCCCUUGCGUGCCCCUAAGCUGGUGGAAGGUAUAGUGACGUCUAUUGUGUCUGAAGGCACGGCUCUGCUGCCUGUGAGCCCUGCUGAAGCCCUUGCUGCCACUUCCCAGCCACUGCCGCUGCCCCUGCCUAAAAGCAUCUCUGUUCGAGCCAAUCAACUGCCUGCAGGCGCUGCUGUAUCUGCUCUGGGGGGAAGAGAGAGAGGGGGAGCAGGAGAGGGGCUGGGGAGAGGUGCAGGUGGGAAGGUGGGGGGUGGUGCUGGUGCUGCUGCAUCGUCUAGGGAUGCUGCGUGUUCUGCUGUUGCUGAUGCAUUGCUAAGCCCUCCCCCGGGAAUUGCCCCUGCUGCUGCUGUUUCUGCUGCUUCAGCCGCUGCUGCUGCCGUGAGAAACAGCGGCAGGAAAAGAGGGAUGGGGGGGGCAGCAUCGGAAGCUGCGGCAGUGGCGGCAGGGAGGGGAGUGAACAACAGCAGUGUGACAGUAGCGAGGGAGAGGGGCAGGGAGGAGCCGCAAGUGGGAGGAGGAGCAAGGGCGACAGGGGCAGCAGCAGCAGGAGCAGCUUCCAAGGGGGACGAGCUUACGAUGACAAGAGUGGGGUCAGUAGCAGGAGCUGCAUCGGCAGCAAGGGACAGCGGGCCAUCCAGUGGGAGUGGAAGGAUGGGGGGGGUGGGCGGUGAGGGGAGCUUGCGGCCUAACCGAGGUGGGCCUGCCCCUGCUGCCUCAACCGCAGCUGCUGCUGCUGCUGCUGCUGCUGGCGGUGUUGGUGCAGGGAAGGGGAGUGUCUUCUCCCGCUUGGGGUCUGGUACUGGAGGAGGAGGAGUAGGAGGAGGAGGGGGGGGCGUAGCAGCACGGCGUGAGGAGGUAACGGGCAGCCGUGCAUGGGUAGACAGCGAGCGGGACACAGCACCGGGUGCUGCGGCUCGCAGCCGGCGCAGGGAGCGGAGGGUGGAAGGGAACCACUCGUCGGAGGCUAGACCCAGCAGGAGUGGAAGUGCCUCGAGCGACAGAGGCAGGGGGAGGGAUGGGCCGAGGGAGAAGAGUGAAGGUGCCACGUCAGGCAUGGGAGGAGGGGGGGGAGCAACGGCAGUGGCGGCAGCAGCAGCAGCAGCAGCAGCAGCAGCCGCAGCGCUGGAUGUGUAUGAUCAGGGGACGUACAAAACUGAGCUCUGCAACAAGUGGGAGGAGAUGGGCACCUGCCCCUACGGCAACCGAUGCCAGUUUGCCCAUGGAGUUGACGAAAUGCGACCUAUUCUAAGGCACCCCCGUUACAAGACAGAACUUUGCCGCAUGAUUGCUUCAGGAAAGCAGUGCCCAUAUGGCCAUCGAUGCCAUUUCAGGCACGCCAUGACCCAAGAGGAACGUGCGUUCCUUUAUAUGUUUUGAAUUUCGUUCAGACAUGUAGUAGGAAUGAAUACAUUUUCCCCUUUAUACUUUUGUAGGUUUAUGUAUAUUCCUACGUUUUCUAGU